GACUCAAUUUGUUUUUUUUCUCUAACUUUCAUCAGUCAGGAUAUGUCUGUAAGGAUGGAAAUGGAUAUCAAUGGAGUGUCAAGGGCACACGUCUCUAUUCUUCCUGCAACUGAGAUCAAAGCUGCAUUAAAACCAGAAGCAGAAAGACCUCGCUGUGCCAGCACUCCAUGUUCACCUAUUAGAGGUACUGUUGCAGGAUACCAGAUCCUGCACAUGGACUCAAACUAUCUGGUGGGCUUCACCACUGGGGAGGAGCUUCUCAAACUGGCCCAUCAGUGGUCAGAAGGCACUCCGGAGAAGGGUUCUGUAUCAGAAGCUGUGUCAAGCUCCAUCCAGAGCACUGUCCCAAAGUCUGUAGACUUGGACAUCCACCGUUCUUCAAGAAUCUGCAAAAGCAAAAGUCGCUACUACCAACCCUACGACAUUCCUACUGCCAGUGGGCGGAGACGGAGGCGUAUGCCCAGCUCGAGCGACACCUUUCUCAGGUCCCUGGCCCACGGGGAGCCAGGGAAGGGUCAUCAUGCAACACUACCCCUAUGUCUGCUUAAAGGGAAGAGGGCCCAGUCCAAGUCUCUGGACUACCUUAAUUUGGACAAAAUAAGCAUCAAAGAGUCAUCAGACACUGAGGUGUUACAGUACCAACUGCAGCACCUUACCCUGCGAGGGGAGCGCAUGUUUUCCAGAAACAAGACAUAAAAGCACAGUGGGAGGC